GGAGAGGAGGGACCAGCCCUGGCCGCUGGCUGGUGGCUUAGCUCCGUCACGCAGGGCGCUGCGCUCAGACGACUCAGUUUCUUCUGCCCCGGCUCCUCUGGUCCCGGCCCUGGCCCCAGAGCCAACCCCGCCAUGUGAGGCAGCUGCGCGCCUGUGCCUGCUCCUGUGCCUGGUCCCUGGUCUGGCGGCCCGGUGUGCCGCCCGCUGUAAGCCCCAUGCAGCCUCUGCUCGGCCCCGCCGACGACCAUGCCCUAGCGGGCUCUUCUGAAGCCAGUCCGCAGGUGCCAGUGACCAAAAUGGCGGCCAAACAGCCUCCGCCUCUCAUGAAAAAGCACAGCCAGACGGACCUCGUGAGCCGCCUGAAGACCCGAAAGAUCCUUGGAGUAGGAGGAGAGGACGAUGAUGGAGAAGUGCACCGCUCCAAGAUAAGCCAGGUUCUGGGAAAUGAAAUCAAGUUUGCUGUCCGGGAGCCUUUGGGACUCAGGGUCUGGCAAUUUGUCUCAGCUGUCCUCUUCUCUGGGGUUGCCAUCAUGGCCCUUGCCUUUCCCGACCAGCUGUUUGAUGCUGUCUUUGAUGGAGCUGAAGUAAACAGCAAAACUCCAAUCCGACUCUACGGAGGGGCUCUCCUCAGCAUCUCUCUCAUCAUGUGGAAUGCCCUCUACACAGCUGAGAAGGUCAUCAUCCGCUGGACACUGCUCACCGAGGCCUGCUAUUUUGGGGUGCAGUUCUUAGUGACCACUGCCACCCUGGCAGAAAAUGGGCACAUCUCGCCAGGGGCCCUGUUCCUCCUUGCCAGCCGUCUCCUCUUCAUUCUCGUCAGCAUUUACUACUAUUACCAAGUGGGCCGGAGAACCAAGAAGGCCUAGUAGCCCCGUCCCUCCCUGGGCAGAGGAUGUCAGGGCUGGGGCAGCCUGCCUGUACUUCCCUGGGCGAGGGGAACAUUCAGGAGUUUUAUUUUUUGGUUUGUCCUUUUCAUCUACUAGAGGGGGUGACCCUCUCCCCAUCCCCAGACCUUGACUGCUCAGCUCCUAGCCCAGGCAGGGAGGUGGUUAACCUGCCUUGGCUUGGUGAUUCUAGACUGAAGAGCUUUCAUGUCCUAACCAGCCCCUGGACCUAGGAUUAGAGCUGACCUUGACCCUGGGCCAAUGUGUAGCCACUGGCUUUUCUCCCUAGGCCAUGACCAGGUAUCUGAGACUUCCCAAGGUAGGAACAGGACCUGGUCUAGGCUUUGAGGUCCCAAAAGCAGCAGUGAUACCGUGCAAAGAAUACUGAAUUUGGGGGUAGAAGACUCUUGAGGUCAAGCCACUUAACAAUCCUGAGACUCAGUUUUCUCAUCUUUAAAGUGAAGAGAUUCUCCUUAAUGAUCUCUAAGGGCUCUUUCCAGCUCUAAAUCCCAUGACUUCUGAGUUAGAUGAGAAGACCAAAGGUCCCUGGGGAUAAACAAAGGCAUCUCUUCUCUUUCUACUGGGACAGACUGGAUGUGGUCUCUAGGGGCAGAAUGAAAGUCCCAGCACGGCCCUUUGGGCUUUUGCUGGUCACUGCUGCUGAAUCCCUGAAUCUCAGAGUUGCGAGGGACCUCAGAGCUCAUCCAUUCCAAGCAACAUAAGGGCUUUAGACCAAGGAAUGGUAGAGGAAACAGCCCUGUAACGAGGUCACCAGAAACCAAGCUCAUGGGGCUGCUUCCACAUCCUUUGGAAGGAAGGAUUUUUAGGGACCCAAAGCCCACCCCAGGGAUGUCCUAAACUCUCUGGAAGCCUCAUCCUGAGUUCAGAUCCAAGGUUUUCUCCAUGUCCUUUCAUGGAUGACUACUCCAGGUAUUCAAAUGUGGUCUGCCCACACUGCCCUUGGUCUUUCCAGACAGGUCCAUAUUAGAACUCUUGCUUAGAGACCCCUUUUGCUCAUGACCUGUCCCAUCCCUCUUCUGAAGCUGAGCCAUUAGGUUCCACUCCAGUCUCUUAAAUGGUUUCUUGGGAUCGGUGGUUUUGCUGUUACUAGCCUAUGGGCAUGGAUUUGCAGAUGAGUUGCUGGGCUCAACUGUCCAGUGGACUGUGAACACAGGUAGAUGGGGCCAUACAGACAGGAGUAAUUCUAGUGAUAGGAAAUGUCCCUUUUGAAGGGUUGUUUCCCUUUCUGAAGAUGGGUAAUUUUUGGGAAAAGAGAUGCUGGUCUAUUUUCUCCCCUCCCCCAGCUGAGAGGCUCUAGGGUCUUAUCUGGAUGUCCCAAAGCUGCCCGAGGGUAAAUUAGACCUGGAUUGGGAGAAGACCACAUACCUUUUGGAUUCAACUUUAACACCAUCCCUCCAGGCAGGAGACUGCCAUGUGAGCAUUGGGCCCAAGGGCUCUCCCCAGCUCCCAAUCCCUGCCAGUCUGUAGACACCUGUUCCUUUGCCCUCUCUCAUCCCAACCUUCCUCAGCUUCCCUUGCCCUUGUUCCAUUCUCUGGAUAGGGGCACUGGUGAACUCCAUCCCCACCUUCAUCUGUCACUGACAGGUUCCCUGAGUCAGAAACCAUUUUGUAAAUAGUAGAAUUAGGAUAUGCAAAAAAGAGGAAGAAAACCCCCACCAUUUCUGCAAAUCGCAACCCUCCUCUGUGUUUGCCUUCUGUGAGAGUCCUUUCCCCUGCUGGCUCAGCUCUGACCCAGUGAGCAGGAAAGCCUAGUUGCCUGCCUUCCCUCUUUCCUACUUUUCUAAUCUCUUUUCUCAUUCUUUUUUUCCAUGCUUCAAAUGGUGCCUUUAGAGCAGGAAAUUCAGAAACUCAUGUUCUAUUCCAAAAGGACUCAAAUGUCGCGUGUGUAUCUUUGUCUUUUUUUUUCCUUUGGGUGUUGCGAGACUUUGUCAUUUGAACCUGAUACCUCAGUAGUAGAAAUAAACAAAAUUCAUUUGGUCAAAA